AUGAGUCACCGUAAAUUCGAGGCGCCCCGCCACGGCUCUCUUGCCUACCUUCCGCGCAAGAGAGCUUCCCGUCACCGUGGAAAGGUCAAGAGCUUCCCUAAGGAUGACCCCAAGAAGCCUGUCCACCUCACUGCCUCCCUUGGUUACAAGGCCGGUAUGACCACCAUCGUCCGUGACCUCGACCGACCUGGCGCGAAAUCACACAAGAAGGAGAUCGUGGAGGCAGUCACUGUCAUUGAGACACCACCGGUGAUCGUUGUUGGUCUAGUGGGUUACAUCGAGACUCCUCGUGGUCUCCGAUCUCUCACAACUGUCUGGGCUGAGCACCUGAGCGACGAGGUCAAGCGCCGAUUCUACAAGAACUGGUACAGAAGCAAGAAGAAGGCCUUCACCAAGUACGCCAAGAAGCACUCUGAGAACAACGGUGCCUCCAUCACCCGCGAGCUCGAGCGCAUCAAGAAGUACUGCACUGUCGUCCGUGUCCUCGCCCACACCCAAAUCCGCAAGACCCCUCUCAAGCAAAAGAAGGCCCACUUGAUGGAGAUCCAGGUCAACGGCGGUAGCGUUGCCGACAAGGUUGACUUCGCCCACGGUCUGUUCGAGAAGCCAGUUGAGAUCAGCUCCAUCUUCGAGCAGGAUGAGAUGAUCGAUGUCAUUGCUGUCACCAAGGGUAAGGGUUUCCAAGGUGUCACCAGCAGAUGGGGAACCAAGAAGCUUCCAAGAAAGACACACAAGGGUCUCAGAAAGGUUGCUUGUAUCGGUGCUUGGCAUCCUUCCCACGUCCAAUGGACUGUUGCCCGUGCUGGUCAAGACGGAUACCACCACCGUACCUCUGUCAACCACAAGGUCUACCGUAUUGGCAAGGGUGACGAUGACUCUAACGCAUCCACUGAGUUCGAUAUCUCCAAGAAGCGCAUCACUCCUAUGGGUGGUUUCGUCCGAUAUGGUGAGGUCAAGAACGACUUCAUCAUCGUCAAGGGUUCAGUUCCAGGUGUUAAGAAGCGUGUCAUGACUCUCCGAAAGUCAAUGUUCGUCCACACCUCAAGAAAGGCACUCGAGAAGGUCGACUUGAAAUGGAUCGACACUUCAUCCGAGUUCGGUCACGGUGCAUACCAAACUCCCCAGGAGAAGCACGCCUUCAUGGGUACGCUCAAGAAGGAUAUCGCUUCUUCCUCUUAA